GCGGCCGCGGCGGGAUCCAGGGCUUUGCUGGCCAGUCUGCGGCUGAGCUGGCGCAUCUCUAGGUCAGCGUUCCCCAUUCCUUCGGCCAGGUGUGCCUGCCUCGCGUGCCCUUCCCAUACUUUUCCCUGUGGGCUUAGGAGCGAGUUGUUAGAACUGAAAACUCAUCCUUAGAUGAUCCUUCUGGGAGGUCAGUCAUGGGUGUGAGAGGCUUGCAGGGGUUUGUGGCAAGCAGCUGCCCACAUGUAUGUACAGUAGUGAAUUUCAAAGAGCUGGCCGAGCAGCACCAAAGCAAGCAUCCCGGAUGCACUCCCACCAUCGUGGUGGACGCCAUGUGCUGUCUCAGGUACUGGUAUACCCCUGAAUCAUGGGUUUGCGGCGGCCAGUGGAAGGAAUACUUCUCUGUCUUGCGAGAUUUUGUGAGAACUUUUACAGAUGUUGGCAUCAAGUUGGUAUUCUUCUUUGAUGGUAUGGUGGAGAAGGAGAAGAGAGAUGUUUGGGUGAAACGGAGACUCAAGAACAACAGGGAGAUUGCCAGGAUUUUCCAUUAUAUCAAGACGCACAGGGAGCAGCCCAGCAGGAGCAUGUUCUUCAUCCCCUCGGGGCUGGCCAUAUUCACGCGGUUUGCUCUGAAGACACUGGGUCAGGAAACUCUGUGCUCCUUACAGGAGGCUGACUAUGAGGUGGCUUCUUACGGCCUCCAGAAUAACUGUCUCGGGAUCCUCGGAGAAGACACUGACUACUUAAUUUAUGAUUCCUGUCCCUACUUCUCAAUCAGCGAGCUCUGCCUGGACAGCCUCAGCACCGUCAUGUUCUGCAGGGAGAAGCUCUGUGCAAGCCUUGGCCUCUGCCUGGCAGACCUUCCCCUUCUGGCCUGCCUGCUGGGCAACGAUGUCGUCCCGGAAGGCAUGUUUGAAACCUUUCGGUACAAGUGCUUGUCCUUCUACACUUCCGUGAAAGAGAACUGUGACAGGAGAGGCAGCGUCGUCUUAGCUGUAGCAGACCACAUAGCUAAAGUCCUUCGCGUAUAUCAGGGUGAGAAAAAGCUGGAAGAGAUGUUACCUUUGGGACCAAACAAAGCUCUUUUUUAUAAGGGGAUGGCAUCAUAUCUUUUACCAGGACAGAAAUCUCCAUGGAUUCCCCCAAAAGCCAAAGCUAUAACAACUUUGGACAAGCAGGUAGAAUCCGUGACUUCAGACCCUGAAUCCAAGCAAGAAAGUCCUGAGAGUUCAGACCCUGAAUCCAAGCAAGAAAGUCCUGAGAGUACAGAUUCUGGAUCCAAGCAAGAAAGUCCUGAGAGUACAGAUUCUGGAUCCAAGCAAGAAAGUCCUGUGUGUACAGACCCUGAGUCCAAGCAAGAAAGUCCUGUGUGUACAGACCCUGAGUCCAAGCAAGAAAGUCCCAUGUGUACAGACCCUGAGUCUAAGCAGGAAGUUCCCAUGUGUACAGACCCGGAAUCCAAGCAAGAAAGUCCCAUGUGUACAGACCCUGAAUUCAAGGAGGAAGACCCCAUGAAUAUGGAGCCUGAAAUCCAGCGACAAGUAACCAUGGUUUCAGACAUGGAAAUCUUAAAGGUUGCUAGAGCCCAGCACGUCCAGGCGGAGAGCUACCUGGUGUACAACAUCAUGGCCAGUGGGGAGAUUGAGUGCAGCAACACCUUGGAGGAUGCCCUGGACCAGGCCCUGCCCAGCCAGGCCUUCGUCUACCGCCCGGUGCGGCAGCGUGUCUACUCCCUCCUGCUGGCGGAUGGCCAAGAUAGCGCCAGCUGCCCGCCCGUCCAGGAGUGGUUUGUGUACUCUGGGAACCCGCUGACACACCCGGACCUUGUCAGGCCUCUGCAGAUGAGCCUCCCAGGGGGAACGCCUAGUUUGAAACUGCUGUGGCUGAACCACGAGCCCGGAACCCAAGCACGGCGCGUGGAGGUGCUCCUCGCCUGCUUCGACCUCUUCUCCUCGAGCGAAGAGCUGCAGGCCGUGGAGAGCCCCUUCCAAGCGCUGUGCUGCCUCCUCGCCUACCUGUUUGUGCAGGUGGACACACUGUCCCUGGAGGACCUGCAUGCUUUCAUCGCUCAGGCCCUGUGCCUCCCAGGGAAGUCAGCUGGGCAGCUCGCAGACUUACAGCUCGAUCACGUGGACCCCAGAGCCGUGCAGCUGGGCUCCCUCCUGGUCCGCGGCCUGACCAUGCUGCUGCUGGUCAACAGCGCGUGCGGCUUCCCCUGGAGCACGAGCGACCUCAUGCCUUGGAACGUCUUUGACGGGAAGCUAUUUCAUGAGAAGUACCUGCAGACUGAGAAGGGAUACGCGGUGGAGGCCCUCGUGGAGCAGAACAGGGCGCGGCUCACCCAGUUCCACCAGCUGAAGUCCGUGGUGUGCAAGGCCUGCCUGCGGGAGGACCGGCGCAUCGCCAGCCGGCAGCUCUGGCAGCCACUCCACUCAGGGAGGCGGGGAAGACCGGGAUCUGGUGCCCAUAGGACGAGCUUCGGAAACAGCCGUUCGGACCAAGGACAGCACUGGAGAGAGCAGGGCCCAGGAAGCAGACAGCAGGAGCCGGACCCGUGGAGAAGGGGCUCCUCGUCUGGGUGGUCCAACUGACCCUCCACCGGACCCCAGGCUCUCUCAGCUGGACACAGUCCCUGCAGACUUGGACUUGGGACAGGAAGUGGACACAUCCUGUUCACGGACCAUCAGGACAUAAUAAGGCACUGAGGUUCUCGCAUCGCCAGCACUCGGCACCGGGGACAAAGCUGUUUCGUCUCCUUCCCUCGACAGCAGUCAGCGGUCAGAGGGUACUCGGGAGGACGGCCUGCCUUUGACGAGGGUGGUUGUACGUGUGAGAUGCCACGGGGGUGGUUGCAGGGCAGUCAUUACAGCUGCCUGUCUGACAAGCGAGGAGAGAAACCUGCAGCCUCAGGCCAUGGACACGAGUGUCUCCCACCAGCGGCCUCGGGCUCGUCACACUUAGGUUAGAGUGGAGGCUCCACAGUAGCUCGUCCCCAGAGGCGGCCCAAGCCCUGACUAAGGGCCUUUGUCCGGGUUUAUUGGUGCACACAGCUCUGCUGGAUUCGUUGUUCAAAUUUGUCAGAAAUGCCAUUGGUCGCCCUGGCUGGUUGGGCUCAGUGGAUAGAGCAUCAGCCUGCGGACUGAGGAAUCCUGGGUUCGAUUCUGGUCAAGAGCACACGCCUGGGUUGCAGGCUCGAUCCCCAGUGUGGGACGUGCAGGAGGCAGCUGAUCCAUGAUUCUUUCAUCAUUGAUGUUUCUCCCUCUCCCUUCUCUCUGAAAUCAAUAAAAACAUAUUUUUAAAUAAAAAGA